UCAAUGUCAGUGUCAACGUCAAAUAUCUUGAGCCGUGUAUUGUAAACAAACUUUUGUGUUGAAAAAAGUAUUUUUUUACCAAGUUUAUCUACGAAUCUCAAGAUGUCUGGAGAAGAUUGUGAUGCUCUCGACCGUGUAGACAAUGAUGGCCAGAAACUGGAUAAAAUGUUUACUUUGAAAAAGUGGAAUGCUGUUGCAAUGUGGAGCUGGGAUGUAGAGUGCGAUACCUGUGCAAUUUGCCGCGUUCAAGUCAUGGAUGCCUGUCUUCGGUGUCAGGGCGAAAGUAAAAAGGAUUCAUACGGCAAACAAGACUGCGUAGUCGUGUGGGGAGAGUGCAACCACAGCUUCCAUUUCUGCUGCAUGUCGCUGUGGGUGAAGCAGAAUAACCGGUGCCCCCUGUGCCAACAAGAGUGGUCGAUACAGCGCAUGGGCAAAUAAAGCGGUUCUGUACAUCAAUUGAACACCUUUAGAAACAGUAAUAAAUCAGUUAAUUAAAAUGAA